AUGUCAUCAUCAAAUAGAAAACAAGCAGAAUAUAAAAUAGCAGUAGUAGGUGGGGGUGGUGUUGGCAAGAGUUCCUUAACAAUUCAAUUCGUACAACAUUAUUAUCAAGCUCAAUAUGAUCCAACAAUAGAAGAUUCAUAUCAGAAACAAAUUAAAGUUGAUGAUAAAGUUGUACAAUUAGAAAUUACUGAUACUGCUGGUCAAGAUGAAUUUAUUGCAUUAAGAGAUACAUAUAUGAGAAGAAAUGAUGGAUUUGUACUUGUUUUUGAUGUUACAAUGAAACAAUCACUUGAAGAAUUAAUUAAUUUUGUAGAGGGAAUUAAAAGAGUGAAAGAAGAUAACAUGUUAUAUACUUCAGUUCCAUUUGUUAUUGUUGCUAAUAAAUGUGAUUUAGCAGAUCAAAGAAUAAUAACAAAGAAAGAAGCAUUACAAUAUAUUGUAGAAGAAUUACAAUUACCAUCUGAUACUCCCUAUUUUGAAACAAAGAGUGUAAAAUAUUUAACUCCCUUUAAAUAUUUUGAAGGAUUUCCUUCAUAUUUAUAUUUUGAAUAA